CAGGUAUCAAGUUUGUUUCAUUUAUUUGACCUCACGCUUAAUGCUCGAUGAGCAGCUUCUAUCGCCGCGCUAGCGGCGCUAUGACGUUGCGACCUGUAUUAAUGGCGUAUGAUGGACCUGUGGUGUACGGUAACUCCAAGCCAUGGUGGUAGUGGCGCAGAAGAUAGGAGGAGUGCGGUGAUCUAAAGAACGCCGACUUCGGUUACUUCAACUCCCCCGUGACAUCGUGGUUAACAAUAAUAUGCCUGGGCUACGUGUACGCGCCGGGACUUGUGUCGAAGGUCUUCAAGAUAUCACCGAACUCGUAAAUACGGGCAGGGCCCUCCCUCUUCGCUGUGACAGGUUCGAGGGCGAAGUCGCCGUGUACAUCAAGGGGUUUAGAAACUCGCGCGGACAGCCGUCGUACAGCGAGUAUUUCCAGCGGCCGGACCGUAAAGGAAUAACAUGGAGCGUGCAGGUGAAGGGGAGGUUUCUGCAGCCGCACUCGGCAAACGACGUUCUGCUCGGGAAUACCUUUGAUAGGUCCUUAAGGUUGCCUUGGGGGUCUGGUCUUGCGCUUCAGUUUGCUAAAUUUGUAGAUCCUGCGCUGGAGCACAACCUCACAUCAGAUACGAAGCCAUGGGCACUCUCACCGCUGGUUGCGACUGUGCCUCAUUUCAUGCAUGUUCGCGCGGAUCAUGUACCAGGAGAGCAGGAAGAAUUUCCACCUCGCACGUCCAUCUCAGACGACACAUCCCAGCUUAGCAUGGCUUCCGUAUCUCCGGCAAGAGGUAACCGCAGUGAGGCCCGGACAUGCAAAGAUGACCAUGCAGCGUAUCGUUUUCGAACACCAGGCGAGCGGAGGAAGUAUUUUAAUAAAGAGACGAACCGAAAAGAUCUGGUUUUUGGUCCUGACGAUAUCAUCACGAUAGAUUUCUGUUAUGGAUUCCUAGAGUUCUACCCGGACAUCAUCCUUCGGCUUCCAGCGGGAAUAACUUUUGAUUUGAUGAAAUACUGGGAUAAGCAGCCAAUUCGCUUCGUGUGUGGCACGAGGAGAAGGCCAUCUGAAGGACGGGAGGAGGAAGAUGACGAGCCAACAGCAGAGAUGUUCUGGUGUGUGGAGGUGGUGUCCGCUGAUGACGAUGAGACGGUUGGCGAAAAGAGUAGGGAUAGUGAGGACGUGGACUAGACACGCUGAUCGUCGAGUACGCGGUGAUGUAUUUUAUAAUGCGGACAUGCAGACCCCUGCGCGGGUUUGGUAGAGGCGUGCAACAGGG